CUUUACCGCGUCGUUGUUAGGAUGACCUAUAUACUCACUCAAAGUUCGCGGUAAUUCAAUCCAGUAAUUUUACUUGGUUACUUGGUGAGUGUGACUAUUGCAGCAACUGGUGAGUACUUGAAAGAUGAAUAUAUUAACGUCAUUUGCAUCGUUCGCCAACAACUUUUACUGUAAUAUGUUGGGAAAAUGUCCAGAAAAGUUGGAGAAUACAUUCUUUUCUCCCUUCAAUAUAUAUACUGCCCUCGGCAUGGUUCUGUCUGGAUGUGAAAAAAAUACGAAAGUUGAGAUAGAAAAAGUGAUGCAAUUAUGUGGAAGCUUGAAUUAUACUGAGACCCAUGAUAGCAUCCGUGAUCUACUAGAAAGGUGUUCACUAGCGGAAGUCGGUGUCGAGAUGAUCCUUGGGAACAAACUAUUUACUACGGUUCACGCUGGUGUCAAAGAGAAUUUCAAGCAAAAUUUGGCAGGAUAUUACAGUGCGGAAACUGAACAUGUACCAUUUGAAACAGAUCCCGAGGGUUGUCGAAAAAGAAUUAAUCAGUGGGUGAGCGAAAAAACCAAAGGAAAGAUUGAAGAACUUCUUCCAUUUGGUUCUGUAGCUGCAGAUACGUCCAUUGUGGUAACAGCUACUACAUACUUUAAAGGAGAGUGGCAGUCAGCUUUUCCGGAGUUCAAGUCACAUGACAGUGAUUUUCAUAAACUGGAUGGAUCGAAAAUGACAGUUAAAUUAAUGUUUACCGAAUCGUCUUUCAACAUAAUCACUUUGCCCCAUUUGAACUCACGUGCUGUCAAGAUACCCUUCAAGGAUCCCAUGUUUGCUUUGUUGGUCAUCCUUCCCGACGCAAAUGAUGGUCUACCGAAUUUAUUACGAUCACUGUCGAAGGGUAAUACAUUGUCAUCUAUUAUUUCUUCAAACGACUUUGAGGGAACUAAGUUGAAAUUGUAUUUGCCGAGAUUCAAGCUAAAGGAAGGUAGCAGUGUGAGUGUUAAGAAGAUUUUACAAGGGAUGGGGAUAAAUGACGCAUUCUGUCCAUCGUCAGCUGACUUUACAGGAAUUUCUGAAUCAUGUAGAUUGUGUGUGUCAGAUGUCCUUCACAAGGCUAUACUUGAGGUGGAUGAGAAAGGCGCAGUUGCUGCUGCAGGUACCGCAGUAGUUAUGCUAAGAUGCUCAAUGGCACCUCCUGCUAAACCUGUUCCCGUGUUUCGUGUAGACCAUCCAUUCUUCAUAUCGAUUGUGUGGAAUAACAGUGUGCCACUAUUCAUGGGACAUAUUACGGAGCCAAAAGAAGACUGAAUUGUUUUCCUACUCUAUCGAAAUCGAAGCACUACAGACUAUAUAUGUUUUUGUAUUUUAUGAAAUAUUAAUCACAUUUCACAUUGGAGUGCCUUGAUGCUGUGAUGGUUGACGUAUUUGUGACUUAUGCUGGGACAAGAUUUAUCUGAUACCUGCCUGGUUAUCUGUCAGUCUUUCAUUCUCUGACAUAAUUUCUCUAAUUUGUCUGAUAAUCUCCUUUUAUAACUUUACCUGGUUUCCACUAAUUCGGUACUGUUGUUUCCUAACUUCGUGAAAGCGAAAAAGUAUGAUGUGCAUUAUUUAAAUUGUGUUGUAUUAGUUGUGAAAGCGCAACAAGUGACAAAAGUAAAUAUACACUAUCCUACUACAGUUGGUGAUUUUCAGUAAGUUUGCUUAGCCAAUGAUAUGCACAUUUAGGGUUUUUAAAAUUUUCACUUUUCAUUGACUGGAAGUUCAUUUUAGUCGGAUUCGCUUGUUGAUUUUUCUUGAAUGAAUUUAUUCUCUAAAUGAUUGCGUAUGAUUUCAUAACAUUUGAUUUCCUGUUUUUGUUCUUAUGAUAAACUAUGCUCGAGUAAAUCGCCAUAAGGGGAGAACUUUUCCACUUUAAUUAUCACUUUUACUGACUGAUUAACUUCAAUGACAAUAAUUUUCAUAGACUCUAUCAGAACACAUUUUGUUCUUUUGAAAUAAUCAUAUAAAUAUUGAAAAAGGGGAUUUAUUAAAAGUACAUCUGUUGUAAUUCUAUGAAAGUCUUCUGCAGUUAAUCUUUUAUUUGUAGUCUCUUCCCUAUAUCUUUGUCCAUGGUAGUCUUCAUUAGAUUUGCUCUAUUUAUUUUCGUGCAUUGUUUACUGAAGUUCAUCAAUUUGAGUAGAAUAAGUUUUCUGCAAAGUUACUCAUUAUUUAUCGACCUGACUGUGAUCAUAUUGGACGUUUACACUAUUUUACUACCGC